GAGAAACAAAAACAUUAGAAGCAUUCGACUAUAAGGAGAUCAAAAAUUACACAAGCGUAAUAAGGCAUAAAACAAAGGUGUCUAUGGAGAAAAUUUGGGACAAAGGAAGUAAUGUUUGGAAGAGUUUGAGUCAUCUGAAUAUGCAUACAAAAAAGGAGAGUACUGGUAUUCUAGAUUCAUUACGUAAUGUUGAGUGAUGAAAACUAUAAUGCCAGAACAAAAUAGCAGCAAAAAUGAUGUUUUCAGAUAAGGGUUCUCACUAGUGAAUGGCACUUUAAUAUGAGCAAAGAUGCUGGUGUAACCUCCAAAAAAGCUACAGAGUAUAUGUUUAUUGUUGUGUCAAGUUUGUACAAUGGAACACAGUAAUACAAAAUUUCUCGGCUUGGUGCUUGGCGCGUGGUAUGUAAAAAUUUCCGACUUUUUUUCAAAAACUGGUAAUGGCAGAUUCUAUAGAUGACCUCUUUGACUGCUUUGAGGAGUCUGACAAUGUUAAGAUCGAGGAAAACGAAGGUAGUGCAUCGGAAAACGAGGAAACCUCAAAUAGUGGGGCCGUCAAGAGGAAAAAUAUCGAUCUUGAAGGCGACAAUAUUUCGCUGAAGAAAUGCCGAUCCGAUGAAGUCAAUGUUGACGAUAUAAAUUUUGAAGAACUGAAGCAUCGUCUGGUGAUUCACACCAUUGACACAUUGGAUUCAUGUACCCAUGAGGUCGCUUGUCCACCUGGCCAUAACUAUGUCCCUAUGCAACAGUCUAAAGGAGAACCAGCCAAGACAUACCCUUUUACCCUUGAUCCUUUCCAAAAAGAAUCUAUCCUCUGUGUAGAUAAUAACCAGUCAGUCCUUGUGUCUGCUCAUACAUCUGCUGGCAAAACUGUGAUUGCAGAAUAUGCAAUAGCUGUUAGCUUGAAACAUAAACAGAGGGUAAUUUAUACUACACCUAUAAAAGCUCUGUCAAAUCAGAAGUAUCGUGAGUUUCUAGAUGAAUUUAAAGAUGUUGGAUUGGUCACUGGUGAUGUUACUAUCAAUCCAAGUGCUUCAUGUCUUAUCAUGACAACAGAGAUUCUGCGUAACAUGCUGUACAGGGGCAGCGAAAUAAUGCGCGAAGUAGGUUGGGUGAUAUUCGACGAAAUCCAUUACAUGAGAGACAAAGAGCGAGGUGUAGUUUGGGAGGAAACGUUGAUCUUGCUUCCUCACAACGUCAAAUUCGUUUUCCUGUCGGCCACGAUACCUAACGCACGUCAGUUCGCCGAGUGGGUAGCACAUUUGCACCACCAGCCAUGUCACGUGGUAUACACGGACUACAGGCCUACGCCGUUGCAGCACUUUGUCUAUCCUGUUGGAGGAAGUGGUAUACAUAUGGUCGUCGAUGAAACGGGUACAUUCAAAGAUGAUAGUUUCAAUGCUGCCAUGGCGGUUCUACAAAACUCAGGAGAUGCCGCGAAAGGUGAUCAGAGAGGUAGAAAAGGAGGUAUCGCAGACAAAGAUCCGUCACAGACAGAUAUAUUCAAAGUUAUCAAAAUGAUCAUGGAAAGAAAUUUCGCGCCAGUUAUUGUCUUCAGCUUUAGCAAAAAGGAAUGCGAAUUAUAUGCAAUGCAGAUGACAAAAUUAGAUUUCAACACAACUGCCGAGAAACAAUUGGUUGACGAAGUGUUCAAUAACGCAAUGGACGUGCUCUCUGACGAGGACAGGCACCUUCCUCAAGUCGAGAACCUUCUCCCGUUGCUUAGAAGAGGCAUCGGAAUUCACCACGGCGGUCUCCUCCCUAUCCUCAAGGAGACCAUUGAAAUACUUUUUGGCGAAGGUCUUAUUAAGGCUCUGUUUGCUACAGAAACCUUUGCUAUGGGCCUGAACAUGCCAGCUAGAACUGUACUUUUCACUGGCGUGAAAAAGUUUGACGGAAGUGAAAUGAGAUGGAUCACGUCAGGAGAAUACAUCCAAAUGUCUGGUAGAGCUGGCAGAAGAGGGCUCGAUGAUAAAGGUAUUGUUAUUCUGAUGGUAGACGAAAAAGUCCCUCCAGCAGCCGGUAGGAAUAUUGUCAAAGGUCUUCCAGAUCCCAUAAACUCAGCAUUCCAUUUAACGUACAAUAUGGUUUUAAACUUACUUAGGGUCGAAGAAAUCAAUCCAGAAUACAUGCUGGAAAGAUCCUUUUACCAGUUCCAAAAUCAAACUGCGAUACCCGGUUACUAUGAAGAUUAUAUGCAAAAGUUAGAAGAAUACAAUAAUAUGGAAGUUAAAAACGAACAGGAAAUAGCAACAUACUACGACAUAAGGCAAGAGCUCGACUCUUUAGCUGUUAAAUUUAGAACAUACAUAACCAAACCGGAAUAUUUGAUACCGUUUCUUCAGCCUGGCAGAUUAAUAAAGAUAAAAACUUCUGAAGCAGAAUACGAUUGGGGCUCUGUGGUGAAUUUCAAGAAAGUGCAUGAAGUUGUACCUGGUAAAAAAAAUAAACAAGGAAAACCCAAAAUGCAGACCAAAGUUAAAGUGGAUCUGCUGCUUCAUGUCAUAUCGUCAGAAAAUGAAGAUGGGGAUGCUAUACCCAAACCUUGUACAGAUGAUCUGAAAGGAGAGGUGGAAAUAGUAAAUGUAGAUACUAGUUUCAUAACGCAUGUCUCAUCUGUUAGAGUGUUUUGUCCGACUGACUUGAGAUCUAAAGAUAGUCGAAAAGGGAUGUACAAAGCCGUGAAAGAAGUGAAAAAAGAUUUCCAGAUGGGCCUCCUCUACUUAAUCCUAUAAAAGAUAUGAAGAUACAAGAGGAAGAGUUUGCGGAUAUUGUCGAUAAAAUAGAGAAGCUUGAACAGAAAAUGUUCUCACACCCCAUGCAUAAACACGCACUGCUGAAUACUGAAUACCCUAAAUACGAAAAGAAAGUUAUAUGUCUAAAUGAACUAAAUGCAGCUAAAAAGAAAUUGUUAGACGCGAAAUCUGUACUUCAAAUGGAUGAGUUGAAAUGUAGGAAAAGGGUAUUGAGACGAUUAGGAUAUUGUAGUGACACUGACGUCAUCCAGUUAAAGGGAAGGGUAGCUUGUGAAUUAAGCAGUGCGGAUGAGCUGUUGAUAACGGAAAUGGUUUUCAAUGGAGUAUUCACAAACUUAACACCAGCACAGGCUUGUGCAUUAUUGAGUUGUUUUGUAUGUGAUGAAAAAAGCAAUGAUUCUCCGAAGUUAUCUGAUGAGCUGUCUGGUCCAUUGAGACAGAUGCAGGACUUGGCUAGACGUAUAGCUAAAGUUAGCACAGAAUCCCGUCUACCUCUUGACGAAGACGUCUAUGUAGAGCGUUUUCGACCGUAUCUUAUGGACGUAGUUUAUGCCUGGUGCAAUGGCAAGAGCUUUAUGGAACUGUGCGGCAUGACAGAUAUAUUUGAAGGGUCCAUCGUCAGAUGUAUGCGUCGACUGGAGGAACUACUCAGGCAAAUGGUGCAGGCGUCAAAGACUAUUGGAAACACCGACCUCGAGGACAAAUUCAGUCAGGCCAUCCGGUUGAUCAAGAGAGACAUCGUAUUUUCGUCCAGUCUCUACUUGUAAGGCAUUUUGCAGGUUCAGAUCACCUUUUUUAUUUUUUGUACUAAACGAGGGGACUGGAAUACAGAUAAAUGAUUUUUUGAAAAUUGAUUCCCAGGCGGAAUGGUUCGAGAUUUCGAUUACAUGUUUUAGGUUGAUUUUUAAUCGUUCUUCUGAAACCCUGAAUGUAUUUGAAAACCUCGAAAUUUUUCAUUUAGAUGUGUAGAAUACUAAUUCACUAAAUUUAUUCCAUGCAAUCAAUAGGAUAAAAUAAUUGUUUCAAUCCACUCUUUCAUUGACAUCAUCUCUUGAAUAUAUAUAUUUAUCAGAUUGCCACGAAGUUGUUUUAAUGGAGCAAAUAUCGUGAUGCUCUUUCAAAACAAACAUCAGCGCGCGGGGCUCGAAUUCGCACGCUCCUAUUGACGAUCUAGUGCUCGAGUGUGUUUUGACGUGGAGUAAACUGUUUAUAGUUAAUCUAACAGUGCCGUGUUACAGCUUGGACUCUUAAGAUCGUUUACUUUUAUUUGUAUCCUUGAAUUUAUUUUCAUUGUGUGAGAACUGUGAUAUUAAAAAAUAGACAGACCUUCUUAAAGAUAUGUUUUGCAUUUAUUUUCUUUGCUUCUAUAUAUUGUGAUAACUGCUUUUCCUCAUUGUCCUUCAUCAAUGAGAAAAAUACAUUUUUCGAUUCAGUUUGGUGAUUACUCCUGCUAAAGAAAUCGCAUAGGAUAUUUCAAAACUAGAACAACGCAAUUAUAUUAAUAGCGUUUAUUGCCCAACAGAUACAGAAGCUCUUUACAGAGCAAUAUAAAAUAAACAAACUAUACCAUCCACAGGUGUUUUGUGAAAUAUUCUUAUAAAUACACUUUAGUUCCUUGAGUUUACAAUUAAAUAUGUCAACAUGCUGCAGUAUCUUAUAAUGUGAACACAUUACUGAUAAUCGUGAUUUCAACAUCAGAUUUGUCCUAGCAGCAGUAGAAUAAAAUGUUAAUGAUUGUCUUGAGCAGAGUUCCCCAAACUUUUUUGUGUCGUAGACCCCUUGCCAUGUUUUUCCGUGUUGGGUAGACCCCCUACUUACCUGAUAUUGAUUUCCUGUAAAUUUCUAACUGUAGUGAAGUUUAGUGUUAAAAACUUAAAGUAAAAA